CUUAAGAGGGAUUUAAUUAAUAAACGUGGUCCUGCAAACAUACAAACAGUACUCAACGACGACAGAUGGCCGCAAAUGUGGUAUUUGAAUCGUGGUCAUGGGCUUGACAUGAACGUCCAAGGCGCAUGGGCAGAAGGAAUCACUGGUGAUGGUGUGGUUGUGACAAUCUUGGACGAUGGCCUGGAAAAAGAUCACCCGGAUCUGUACCGAAAUUACGAUCCAGAGGCGAGUUACGAUGUGAAUAGCCACGACAGUGACCCCAUGCCACGGUAUGACCUGAUAGACAGCAAUCGUCAUGGCACCAGAUGCGCGGGAGAAGUAGCAGCCACCGCAAACAAUUCAAUUUGUGCUGUUGGUGUCGCAUAUGGAGCUCUAGUUGGAGGGGUGAGAAUGCUGGACGGAGACGUAACAGAUGCCGUUGAGGCCAGAUCCUUAAGUCACAACUCUCAGUACAUAGAUAUAUACAGUGCCUCUUGGGGUCCCGACGACGAUGGUAAAACCGUUGAUGGUCCCGGUGAACUCGCCACCCGGGCAUUCACGGAAGGAAUUAACAAGGGCCGCAAAGGUAAAGGAUCAAUAUUUGUCUGGGCAUCAGGUAACGGUGGUAGAGACCAGGACAAUUGCAACUGUGAUGGUUACACAAAUAGUAUAUGGACACUAUCAAUAAGUAGUGCAACUGAAAAUGGUUUAGUGCCGUGGUACAGUGAGGCAUGUUCGUCAACACUAGCAACAACAUAUAGUUCUGGCUCAACUGGUGAGAGGCAGGUUGUCACAACUGAUCUACAUCAUCACUGUACCAGUAGUCACACGGGAACUUCAGCUUCUGCUCCACUCGCCGCUGGUAUUUGUGCACUAGCCCUCGAGGCUAAUAAAGAGCUUACAUGGCGUGACAUGCAACACAUUGUUGUUAGAACCGCAAAACCAGCAAACUUGAAGGCACCAGAUUGGGUUACCAAUGGUGUCGGACGAAAUGUCAGUCACAGUUUCGGCUACGGUCUAAUGGAUGCCACCGCAAUGGUACGACUUGCCAAAAAAUGGCGGACUGUACCAGAGCAGCACCACUGCGAAGUGUCUGCCCCGCACAUGAACAGACAAAUUCCAUCCAGGAGCCAAUUGGUAUUGGAGCUGCACGUGAAGGAGUGCAGUGUAGUCAAUUUCCUGGAGCAUGUGCAAGCGAAAAUUACGCUGUCGACGACUAGACGGGGAGAUCUUGAAAUUACCCUGACGUCACCUCAGGGCACUAAAAGUACGUUACUGGCGAAGCGACCGCACGAUGUUGCAAAGACGGGUUUCGAACGGUGGCCAUUCAUGUCAGUGCAUACUUGGGGGGAGCGACCGCAUGGCACAUGGAAGUUGGAAAUUCACAAUGAGGGUCGAUAUUUUGGCACCCUCGAGAACUGGCAGCUGAUAUUCUAUGGCACCGAGACAUCAAUCGAAUUCGACGACGAGUUGGACAAGGACAAGCCAAGUCCGGCUAUUUCUCCCGACGUCAAUCAGGACAAUUCAGCGAGUGAUGGUCAUCAAAAUGUCAUUGACACUGAGGGUGAUCCACGGCUUGGCAGACAACAGGUGGAUCUCAUAUCCCAUCCCGAAAUUCAGAAGCCAACGACGGAGAAUGGAACGAGCGCUUCGUGCCGGAAUUUCGAUUCUCACGGGUGCCUAGCAUGUGAAAACGGCUGGUACCUCCACGAGAGCAAGUGCCUAGCCGAAUGUCCUCGGGGCACAUACGGUGCUCGCAGCCAAGAGAAGAACGUUUGCGCCAUGUGCCAUUACUCGUGUAUGACUUGCUACGGGCCUUCAGACGUCGAGUGUACAUCCUGUCACGCCGAUUCAACUCUUGUGUCAGUAAAUCUGAAGGAUUACCAAUGUAUAGUAAAGUCGUUGGAAUGGACGACCCACUCAACAAAAUGGUUCUACUUUACGACCAUUCUACUUGGCCUCGUUCUCCUCAUCGUCGCGAGUAUCGGCAUCUACUUGUACACAGUGUUUCACAGGCGAAAUGGAACAGGGGGAUAUGAAAAAGUGUCGUUAGUCGGUAAUGAUGAACAUAAACAGGACAAAGUAACACUGCAGCGAAACACCUGCGUGUCCGAUAGUGAUUAAAUUGUUGAUUGUCCAGUGAGUACUUGCAGAUGAUUAAACGAAUUGCGAUUUAAUAAUACAAGUAUUGUGAUUAUAAUUGAUGAGUACUUGCGAAUCAGGGGAGACUCGCGUCUCUGACUACUGCCAAAUAGAUGUUGAUGUGUUGUAAUUACUCAAUAACUCGACUAGUCUUCGUUAGGUGGCGACCAAUUUUUUUUACAAAUCUUCCAUAUUUCAGAAAAAUUUCUCUUACUGAUGAACACUUCACUAGUGAAUUUAAAUAGUCUUUUGAUAUUCUGAAAUAAUUGAAUGGUGAAUAUUGAUGAUAUUUGUCUUGAAUACCUUCGCAGAGAAUUUUUAUCGAGAGUUAUUGAACGACUAAGCAUUUGAGUCCCCAAUAUGAUAGUAUUUUCUCUGUAAAAGAGAAAGGUGAUGUUGGUAGAAUAAAAAUGAAAUAGAUUCAUUGAUUAGUGAGUACAUGAUCAACAGAGUGAACAACACGCCUGGUCUGACUAAAGGGCCUUAUUCCACUGACAAUCCCAUCCCGGGCCUACUCCACUGAACGACGAAGCAUAGCACAAAGAGGACGUGGAAGAUAGAGAAAUCACCUAGUUCCACCGGACGAGCCCCUCCCCACUCCCUUCCUGCCGCAUUUUCCUUUCAUUCCAGACACAAUUUCAUCGAGCGAUAAAAAUCUCCCUUCAGAAACAACGAGUACUCUAAUUACCUCCUUCUAGAACAAUAUUCCCGGCGCCGUUAAAGAUGUUUAGCGAAUAAAUUAUUGUCAAUUAUCAUUGUCAUUGGGAUUGUUUAUCGUUCCAAUUGUCAUGUGACCUUACAAUGCAGCUCAAAAUGUGAUAUAGCCACUGGAAACAUAUUUUUACAACAUGUACCUCUAAUUCUUGUUUGAAUAAAAUUGAAUUUCUGAAAAAUCC